AUGGAAAAUGUUUAUAAACUAUAUGGUGUUCAUAUUCCAUGUAUUCAUAACAUCUUAGAUGUAAAACCGGCCGAUUUAGAAAAACCUAAAGCAUUUCAUAUUGGAAAAUUGGAAUUCAAUAGUUCGAAGAAUAUUCUAGUUUAUGAUGAUGAAGACAAUCCGAUAGGAAAGGGUGAUCGGAAAAAUGAACAAUGCAAAAUUUCGGCUCGGAAAACAUUUACAACCAAAGUUGAGAACGAAAUUUACUUGUAUGAAGAACAAGUAACUCCAGAUAUAGGAGUUAAAAGUCUUGUUCAACGCAUUUUAAAUCUUCCGUCAAUUGACAAGGCAACAAGUUUCAUGUUUAAUCUUGGGAUGAACAUCGAUUAUGAUACAAUUCAGGCAAUUCAUUAUAUAUCAUCAUUAAGAAAAACACAUCCAGAAGUGAUAGAUUUGGCAUUAAGUAAUGCAUAUCUUCCGGAAGAAUCAGAUGAAUAUCAGCAAAACAAAGACAUGAUUUCAAAAAUUAUCGAAGAAGUUUUUGAUAAUAAAGACAAGGAAAGAGAUCCAGAUUUUGUUGUAAGAAGGAAGAGGAAAAAUGGUUUGUGA